GAAGUGAAUGCCCUCAACCACCAGAUAUCAUGCCGCGUGGGUGCAGAUGUUAAAGGCAUUCAAGAGAGUCACGUUGCAGAACGGCGGUGCAUCGUUGAGCAGCGAAGGUCAUGGCUGCAUCAUCGGACGCUCUCCGCAACCUCAUCUAUAUGGACUACAUGGCGUUACUCCAGAGCCUGUGCACAAUCAACACGCCUACCAUUUCUGACGUCACCGACAUAUUCAAUGUCUUUCACAGCACUCUGUGCCACGACACAGUGGAAACCCUGUGCCACGACACAGUGGAAACGUCCGGGCCAACCGGGGAAGGUCACACUGGAACUGUUACCCGUCGCAGACCGAGUGUCGAUGAGGACGAAGACUGCUUCAUGCGUGCGUGCACUUGGCAGAGCGACCAGGAGCCCUGCUGGAUCGUGUCCGAACUGCAGGCGUGGAACCACAUCCUCUCGCAAAGCUGCAUCGAGCUGCGAGAGCACUUUUCCGGCAAGGUCACGCUCAAAGCAUUCGACUCGCCCCUGGGCCAUUUGCAGCACAAGUGGGGCGCCCUUCGGGUCUCGUUACUCCUGCAUCUGCUACUGCGGCAGCACAGGUGCGUGACGCGCAUCAUGAUAGACAUGAGACAAAACUUGCUCGAACGACGCAUCUUCUGGCAUGCCCUGCAUACCGGUGCCGGGGGCCUCAAGUCCUUCAGUUACCGUGCAUCCGUUCAAGACCAACUUGGCAUAGUCUACCCAGGCGACCUAUAUCAUCGGUAUUUACAGGAGAUAAACAUGUGGUCACGCUCGGUCGCCAGUCUGAAGAACCUGCGCACCCUCAAAGUCGAGGAUGCACACUUCGAUGAGAGUGUUGCGCGUACGCUCGGACGCUACGUGGAGAACAGCACUGCACUUCGCAACGUCCACUUCAGUCGCAUCACUGUUGCCGGGGAGAACGCCGGUGUGUUCCUGGAUUCGCUGGAGAGAAACCGGACAGUCAAGUGCCUGCGGUUACAAGAGCCAUUUCUGCUGGCACGAGAAGGCCAGGCUCUGGCAAACGUCGUGCGAACCCACGUCGCCCUCGAGAAACUCUACGUGGCUGGCUCAAACACGAGCUGCCCGUCGGCGUUCUUGCGAGCGGUGGUGCAGAGCCCGAGUCUCACGUUCCUGUCUCUGCAAUCAUGCCGCUUUCGCGCUGAGGAUGUCGAGGCCAUGGCCGCCGUUCUGACGCUGCAUCCUCCUCGCCGCACCAGCACCACCUGGGGCGACGGCGUGACAGCAGUGAUGCCACCUGCACUCACGAUCCGUCUGCAAACCCUAGAGUUCAAAUACUGUGCCCAGCCUGACCGCCGGUUAGAGAAGGCCUACGCUUCCCUCAUCGGAGGUGGUGUGCUGGUCCAUCUCAGAAUGCCCGCCUGCUUCCUGGCGGGAACGUUCGCCAUGGCCGCCGCAGCCAAACUGUGCGUCGACAAGCGCUUGCGAGAGCUCAGCUUGCACGUGAAUAAUCUGCCCGUCGGCGGCCUUGGUGCCAUCAUAGAGGCGUUAAAGGCUAAUGUUACCCUGGAGACGCUGAGCAUCAGCAUCCAAGGCACGCAGCCUGCGAGCGAGGUCGCCCAAGUGAUGGACUUUAUGCGUGAGGCCGACGCCUUCUCCCGCUUUAACUUCAAGUGGAACAACCCGCAAGGUUUGCAUCUCCUGCAGGCCGCCUGCUCGUCCAAAGAGAACAUGAUCUACGCCAACUUGGACGGGCGCGACUUCCACGACAUGGCGUGUCUGUUGGACGCCUUGAAGUCCAGCCGCAACGUUAGCUCUGCCUGGAUAGAGCUCCCAAAGGAUCCCACAUUACCCGAGAUUCGGAAGAUACUCUCGACCUUCGCCUACGCAAGGCAUCUAAGGGAAGCACCAUUUCUUUCACGGCUUUAAGUAGACUUUAGCGCGCGCGUCGCUUACUGAAUGGUCUCUAAAAUACAAAACUAUUGGAGGCACUGCUAUAUCACAUUUAAAGAUAACUACUUGCUCGCUUUCCAGCCACAUUGUCAUUAGAUGGAAUGAGAAAUCAGAUGCGAUGUAUAUAGGUGCGAAACAUAACCUACCUGCUGUCAGACGAUGACCAAGGGGGUAUCUCACGUCAGUUAGAUAGAAUGACUUAAUGGCAGACAGAGUUGAACCAGUUCUGCGAAAAUGCUUUUGACGCUCUUUCCUGUCCCUCUAGUUCCAUUUGGUUCACGUUUAGCACACUUUAAUGAGUUAAAACUAGCUGCACGUGAAACUGCGCGUCUAGAAUUGAAAAGUGCAAUUAGAAACACCCUGAAUGGUUUUACGAGAUGGUUCUGUCCGGCUUAGAGUAAGCUAUAUGCGCCUGACAAGCACGUAAAAGUUCCUUGAGGGAGAACACCUAGUCUGCGAAGCUUUCUGACCAGUUGUAAAUGUGAAACACUCCUUAGUUGGCAUGAUAUAAGCAGAUAUUGGUGCAGAAAUACGGCGCCCGCUGUAUUUUUCUGCACUAUGUGAUACAUACAACAUACAAUACGUAACAUUAUACAACAUAGUUACAACAAAAUUUUGGUAUCGCCCUCACGUCAAAUAAAAACGAAAUUGUUCUGUCUUUCUUGAAAACUGGCGGGUAAAUAUUUUCCCAUACUUGAAAGCGUAACACUGUAUAUCAGCCUACCUACUCAUCUUUUAGGCGAAGCGUUAAUUCAACGGAGAAGCUGAUUCUCCUAAGAUUGUGAAUGGUUUUACACAAAUAAUAAAAAGUAACACUUCGCUAAAAUAUCUGUGAAUCAGAACCAUUCAGACCGCGCUAUAAAGUAAGGGAUAGAUGCGGUUCCAGAAAAAUUUCAACUCCUGCUGUUGCCACUGAAUCCUUUUUUUUUUUCGUCGAAAGUGAUUUCAAACGCACAACCUCGCUUUUGAGACUGCUUAACCGCUUUCACCCGAAAUUUAAUUUUAUGUAAGCCGAUCACAUCGGUUGCAGACUUUCUGUUUGCUAAUAAAGUUUCGUUUUCAACUGAACGAUUUUACACUACAAAAAAAUAGCGCACAAUGAGGUAAGGAGUGCCAUUUUCCGUUCCGGUAAGAGUCUCGCGUAGUCAAUAUCAAGUUGCACUUCUUAAAACAAAAUAGCAGGUUUUCAACAUCUGAGACAUUCCACCACAUGAACUAAUGGCUCCAGCUUCACAUACCUCAUAAACGAACCUGAAUGGCACAAAACAUAAAAAAUGGUACUUGCAGCUUCCCCAUGAUCGAAAAUGUGACAGCAUGACUUGAGAAAAUGACAAAACUGAAAAGUAGACAGCUCAUAUUCGUUGGUAUUGUAUUCUAUCAGCGUUAAAAAUCUCGCUUUUACAUUGGUACUCAGUGAUACAAACAACACCGUCCUGUGUAUGCGCACAUGGGCGGUAGACGGAGCUACAUUCGAGCACUGAGCUGCGCAAUGCCACUCACUCUUCCGUCACUCAUAGAGCUCGCUGUUAGCUUGCUGUGUUGUCUCUAUCAAUAUCACGUUGCCGCAGCAUUGUUUUUAAUGGAAAAUAAGUAUAGCGCUCAUGAAGGGGAAAAUCUGGCAGCGUCCCCGGACAUGGAACAACAAGUCACGUGUUCACAGCCGAUCAACUGCAGCCGCGCGCCAUGUGGACCCUGGGUGCCUUAAAGCAUCUCCAGAUGGCGCUCACCCCAGCGGUGACGCUUGGUGGCACAAUGCACCACUCCGUUCCAAAGGGUACGCUUAUAACAU